CGCCCCCUUCCUGUUUUCAGUUCACAGCAGACAGUAGCUCCUUCCAGCUCAGCUCCGGAGCUAAGCGAGCAAGCGUUCCAUCACAUUUUCCUGAAAAAUAGAAGCAAUGUCCUUAUUUUUUUCAAAUGCCAGUGGUGCUACCUUCAAUUCUUCUGGUCACGGCUCCCAGAAGCCCGCAGAGUUGGCCCCAAAAGGAAAAAGUGAUGACUCGCCAGAGCGCUUGGUCCCCAGAGCCAAGAGUCAAGGCUACUCCUCUGGUCCAGAGGCCAGCAGGGAGGUGGAGGAUGAAGAGUUCGAGGUGAUUCUGGAGGACAGCCCCGCAGGAGCGCCGUCCCAGCAUCCUACCCAAGACCUGUGGGCAGAUCUGCAGGAGAAGGAAAAGACACCGAAGAAGCUGAGGCUCCUGCUGGUGGGAAAAAGCGGAAGUGGGAAAAGUGCCACAGGAAACAGCAUCCUGGGCAGGGAAGCCUUCAUAUCCAAACUCAGCCCCAGACCCGUGACCAUGACCUUCCAGCAUGGCUGCCGUGACUGGGCUCAGAAGGAGCUUGAGGUGACCGACACCCCCGAUAUUCUGUCUUCUGGAGUUUCACGGGAAGGAGGAGCUCAGGGCUCCUGGGCAGCCAUCGCCUGCUGCGCCCCGGGGCCCCACGCAGUGCUGCUGGUGUUGCAGCUGGGCCGCUUCACAAAGGAGGACCAGGAGGUGGUCAGGCGCCUCCAGGAGGUCUUCGGGGUGGGCGUCCUGGCCCACACCAUCCUGGUGUUCACCCGGAAGGAGGACCUGGAGGGCGGCUCCCUGGACCAGUAUCUGCAGGACACCGACAACAAGGAGCUUGCCAACCUGGACGUGGUUUGCGCGAGGCGCCACUGUGGCUUCAACAACAGGGAAGAUGGCGCGGGGAGAGAGGCCCAGCUGGCAGAGCUCAUGGAGACCAUUGAGGUGAUCCUGUGGGAACACGAAGGCCGUCCUUACAGCAAGGAGGCUUAACAGGUGCUGCCAGCCGCAAGUCCUGCGCACGGAAGGGCAGGGAGGGCAAAAAGCCCAGGGUGAGGCUCUGAGGAAGCCGCCAGUGCAGAGUCCUGGCUGGAGGGGCUGCACCAAAUCCAGGCACCUGAGAAAACCCACAGAUGUCUCCUAAAGGGGCACUGUCUGACCAGGUGCCCGACUCCAGUGGGGACAGCCAUUUCCUGGGAGCCUCCCCAGCCCUGGGUCCACCUUGCAGCCUAUUGCCUCCCUCUGCAUCUCAUGGCUCCUGGACUACGUGCGUCUGCAGGGUGCAGCCUGCUGAGUCCCAGCUCCCAUCCCCGUCCUUCAUCUCGAUUUUGGAGCACAUGUGCACCCUCCCUGCUCCUCUGCAGUCCCCUGUCUCACAGGACCGCACAGCACCAUGGCAUCGCAGUUGUUGAAGUUCUUCUCUGCCCUUGAGUUGCACCAAAGCUCCCUGAGGGCAGGGCCUCCUCACUCUUCCCUGUCACCCCCACUGUGUCCUGGUCACUGGAGUCACUCCUUACCAAUGACAGCAAAGCAGUGCAUGACAUUGACCAGGUGACUGUGCAGUCUUGGGCUGUGUCCUCGCCCACAGAGGGGGCAGCAUAAGGACUUUAAGGCACCAGAUUGUGUGGGGGGUCAGGACAGACCCCUGGCUCUGCAGCAAGUGAGGAGGGGCAGCUGCUGGGUGGGGCAGGAGAAGUGAGGGGAAAGAGGGACAUGG